AUGCUCAACCUCCAAGGAAAAGUCGCCCUGGUCAUCGGCCUCGGCCAAUCAGGCUCAGACGGCUGGGGUAUCGGCGCCGCCUGCGCCGUGACCUUCGCCGCGCAAGGCGCCGCCAUCUUCGGCGGCAACCGCACCGUCGAAUCCACCGCCAAGACCAAAACCACCAUCGAGGAAGCCGGCGGCGUAUGCGACGUCGUCGCGACCAACGCCACGUCCUCCGCGUCCGUCAAGGCGCUCGUGGACAUGUGCGUUGCGAAGCACGGCCGGAUCGAUAUCCUGCUUGCUAAUGUCGGCGGCUCGCAGCCGGGGUGUGCGGCGAGCAUGGGCGAGGAGACAUGGGAUGCGCAGGUGGAGUUGAAUCUCAAGAGCGUGUAUCUCGCCUGCCACCACGUCUUGCCCGUCAUGGAGGCGCAGGCGACGGGCGGGAGUAUUGUUUGUGUGUCGAGUAUUGCGGGGAUGCGGUAUAUUGGCAAGCCGCAGGUGGCGUAUAACACGACCAAGGCGGCUGUGAUGCAGUUUGUCAAGGCGACGGCUGUGGUGUAUGCCGAGAAGGGGGUAAGGUUGAAUACGGUUGUACCUGGAUUGAUGGAGACGCCGUAUACAAGGCAGUUGGCGGAGAGGUUUCCAGCCUCGGAUGGUAGCACCGGCGGCGGGUAUGAGGCGUUCAAGAGGAUGAGAGAGAAGCAGGUGCCGAUGGGGCGGAUGGGAGAUGCGUGGGAUGUUGCGAAUGCGGCGGCUUUCUUGGCGAGUGAUGAAGCGAGGUAUGUUACGGGCCAGAAGAUUGUUAUUGAUGGGGGGAUCACUUCAUCUACGGGGCGUACUUGA